AUGGGAAAUUGCGUUGGUUCUGAAUGUUGUGUAAAAUCAAAAAUAAGUGAAUUAAAAAUAUAAAUAUAGACAAGUGAUUGUGAAAACAAUGAAUAAAAUACAUAAAAUUCUCAAAAGCCAUCUUAAAAGAUGUAAUAUGCAUCUCCAAGUAAAGAAUUAUAGGACGAAAUAAUGAAAACUCAUAAAAAACUCGAUUAAAUAACUUUAGAUAAUGGAAUUAUUUAUGAAGGAGAAUGGUAUUUAGGAAUGAGAGACGGAUUUGGUGUUUAAAUUUGGCCAAAUGGGUCUAAAUAUGAAGGAGAUUGGAAAGAAGAUAAAAGUAAUGGAAAAGGAAUUUUAAGUCAUUCAAAUGGUGAUGUUUAUGAUGGGUAAUGGAAAAACGAUAUGGCAAAUGGAAAAGGUGUAUAUAUAUAUAAAAAUUGUACCAAAUAUGAGGGGGAUUGGGUAGAUAAUAAGCAACAUGGAUUUGGGUCCGAAAUUUGGAUUGAUGGAACUUAGUAUAUAGGAGAAUAUAAAUUUGGGGAAAGAGAUGGAAAAGGGAUUUUAAAGUUUUCAGAUAAUUGCUAGUUUGAAGGAGUGUUUUAGAAUGGAUAUAUUUAAGGAAAAGGUGUAUAUAAAUGGAGUGAUGGAAGAGUUUAUGAAGGGGAUUGGUAAAAUAAUAAAAUGCACGGGUAUGGAAUUGUUAAAUGGCCAGAUGGAAAAAUCUAUAAAGGAAAUUAUAUAAGUGAUAAAAAAGAAGGAAUAGGAACGUUUGAGUGGGGAGAUGGAAGAAUUUAUGUGGGAAAUUGGAAAAAUGGGAAACAAAAUGGUUUAGGAAUAUGUACUUUAAAAAAUGGAGAUAAAAAAAUUUGCCUAUGGAAAGAAGGUAAAGUUGAAAAGUUAUUAAGUUAAGAAGAAAUAGAUGAAUAUAAAAAAUAAGGGCAAUUAAGCUUUAUAUAGUGA